AUGGUAUUGCUUACCACCCUCAAAAAUAUCGCCGUGGUUGGUGCGAGCGGCAAUGUUGGCACCCAUAUCACAUCGGCUCUCCUUGCGAAAACACACUUCAACGUCACAGCGAUCACACGUACAGACUCCAAAGCCACCUUCCCACCAGGCGUUCGAGUCGCACGUAUCGACUAUAACAGCCCAGAUACCAUAGUCAAAGCUUUGACAGGACAGGAUGCACUCGUUAUCACGAUGAGCGUGUUUGCUGGUGGCGCGCAGGAGCAACUCAUUCGUGGGGCAGCUCAAGCCGGCGUACCAUGGGUUCUACCAAACGAGUUUGGUAUGUACAACACAGAGGAAGCUCAGAAUGAAACUAUCGGACCGGGAAAGACAAUCGCUCGCAAACUCAUCGAGUCGCUCGGCGUUUCCUCUUGGAUAGGCCUCACCUCAGGUUUCUGGUACGAGUACUCCCUCAGCGGUGGUUACUACGGCAUCAACAUACCGAAGCGCGAAGUCACUUACAUAGACGACGGCAAGCAGCGUCUGAACACCGCCACAUGGCCCCAGACUGGACUUGCCGUGGCAAACUUGCUAUCUCUGCCAGUAUCUGGAUCUGAUAGCGAUGGGCCGACACUGGAGCAAUAUCGCAACCGCAUGCUCUUUGUUUCUUCUUUCGCUCUUAACCAGCGCGAGAUGUUCGAGGCUGUCCAGAAAGCAACGGGAACUACGGAGAAGGAUUGGAGAAUUACAUCCGAGCCAGCAAAGCAACGCUUGGCUACAGCUAGGCAGAGGAUGAUGAUGGGCGAUCGUAGGUCCUUUGCAACGGUUUUGUACACACGCUAUUUUAUUGACGAGGCGGGCCUAUAUGAGAAGAACCAUGGCCUGAACAAUGACGAGCUAGGCCUUCCGAAAGAGGAUCUGGACGAAGCUACGAAACGGGCCGUGGACCUGGCGUAUACGGAUUAUCACAAGAACAUGUACUCGUAG